AUGGCCAAGUAUAUCGCCCAGAUCAUCGUGUUGGGCGCCCAGGCAGUGGGAAGAGCCUUCACCAAGGCGCUGCGCCAGGAGAUCGCCGCAUCCCAGGAAGCAGCACGACGGGCGGGUGGUGGCAAGCAGGGCGACAAGAGCGCCGAGUCCAACCUGCGCACAGGCAUGACGCUGGAGGAAGCCAAGCAGAUCCUGAAUAUAGAUGACCCCAAGAACGUGGACGCUAUCAUCAAGAACUACGAGCAUCUGUUUCAAGUGAACGAACGCUCCAAAGGCGGCUCCUUCUAUAUCCAGUCAAAGGUUUUCCGGGCGAAAGAGCGGUUGGACCAUGAAAUUAAGGCCCAUGAGCAGCCGAGGUCGUCGAAUACGGAAGCAGCUCAAGAGACGGCGGAGGAGUCUCAGAGCAGAGCGCGGCAGCGGCGCUGAGUGUCCUUGUUUUCCCAAACGAACUAAUUAGCUGAUAAUUGUUUUAAAAACUACGUGUUAAGUACAAAAAAUGAAAGUCUGUUGAUGUAAAUAGAGAUUUACGAACAUGAAGAGAAGUGUAAACAAUUUCUGUAAACAACUUUACUUCCCGGGAACACAAAUGUUAUGAAAUUCUUGUAAACUAACACGAAUUAGCUCAGAUGGUUAGGUAUAAAUAUUUUACUCUCAGGCCAGCUAACUAGAAUUUGAACAAUUUUAAGAUCACGCUUGCUGGAGCUUGAAAAUAAAAAUAUUUUAAGCAUCAA